GGCGCGAGAGCCCAGCGGCCCGCCGAGCCCCGCCGAGGCCCGAGCCCACCCGAGCGCGCCCGAGCCCGCCGCCCCCGCCCGGGGCGAUGGAGCCGGAGCCCGGCUGGGCGGCCGCUGCGCUCCUGCGGCAGAAGAGGGCGGCGCUGCGGCGCAGGGGGUGCAGCUUGGAGAGCCCCAGUACAGCACUCCAGCCUCCAGGCCCACUGAUGGAUCCACUGACGAAGGGGUCCUGUGGGAGUCAGAUGGCACAAACCCUUCUAUGGAAAGCAAAGUCGUCUCUCUCCUUUGGCAUCCAGCCCCUUCAGACAUGGCCAGCAAAAGAGCCUGAAGUCGAGUCCCAGGUCAACCUCUCUGUCUCGGAAGACCUAGGCUGUAGACGUGGGGAUUUCAGUAGGAAACAUUAUGGAUCUGUGGAGCUGCUUAUUUCCAGCGACGCUGAUGGAGCCAUCCAAAGGGCUGGAAGAUUCAGAGUGGAAAAUGGCUCUUCGGAUGAGAACGCAACCGCCCUGCCAGGCACUUGGCGAAGAACAGACGUGCACUUAGAGAACCCGGAAUACCACACCAGAUGGUAUUUCAAGUAUUUCUUAGGACAAGUCCAUCAGAAUUACAUUGGGAAUGAUGCAGAGAAGAGCCCCUUCUUCUUGUCCGUGACCCUUUCUGACCAAAACAAUCAGCGUGUCCCCCAGUACCGUGCCAUUCUUUGGAGAAAAACAGGUACCCAGAAAAUAUGCCUUCCUUACAGUCCCACAAAAACGCUCUCGGUGAAGUCCAUCUUAAGUGCCAUGAAUCUGGACAAAUUUGAGAAAGGCCCCAGGGAAAUUUUUCAUCCUGAGAUACAAAAGGACUUGCUGGUUCUUGAAGAGCAAGAGGGCUCUGUGAAUUUCAAGUUUGGGGUUCUUUUUGCCAAAGACGGGCAGCUCACUGACGAUGAGAUGUUCAGCAAUGAAAUCGGAAGUGACGCUUUUCAAAAAUUUUUAAAUCUCCUGGGUGACACAGUCACUCUCAAGGGCUGGACAGGCUACCGUGGCGGUCUGGACACCAAAAACGAUACCACAGGGAUCCAUUCCGUUUAUACUGUAUACCAAGGGCACGAGAUCAUGUUUCAUGUCUCCACCAUGCUGCCAUAUUCCAAAGAGAACAAACAGCAGGUGGAAAGGAAGCGCCACAUUGGAAAUGAUAUUGUCACCAUUGUGUUCCAGGAAGGAGAGGAACCUUCUCCUGCCUUCAAGCCUUCCAUGAUCCGCUCGCAUUUUACACAUAUUUUUGCCUUAGUGAGGUAUGAUCAACAAAAUGACAAUUACAGGCUGAAAAUAUUUUCAGAAGAAAGCGUACCACUCUUUGGCCCACCCUUACCAUCCCCCCCGGUGUUUACAGACCACCAGGAAUUCAGGGACUUUUUGCUAGUGAAAUUAAUUAAUGGUGAAAAAGCCACUUUGGAAACCCCGACAUUUGCCCAGAAACGUCGACGUACUCUGGAUAUGUUGAUUCGAUCUUUAUACCAGGAUUUGAUGCCAGAUUUACAUAAGAACAUGCUUAAUAGACGAUCUUUUAGUGAUGUCUUACCAGAAUCGCCCAAGUCAGCACGGAAGAAAGAGGAGGCCCGCCAGGCAGAGUUUGUUAGAAUAGGGCAGGCGCUAAAACUGAAAUCCAUUGUGAGAGGGGAUGCUCCGUCCAGCCUGGCAGCUUCAGGGAUCUGUAAGAAAGAGCCUUGGGAGCCCCAGUGUUUCUGCAGUAAUUUCCCUCACGAAGCCGUGUGUGCAGAUCCCUGGGGCCAGGCCUUGCUGGUUUCCACUGAUGCUGGCGUCUUGCUAGUGGAUGAUGACCUUCCGUCAGUGCCAGUGUUUGACAAAACUCUGCCAGUGAAGCAGAUGCAUGUGCUCGAGACGCUGGACCUUCUGAUUCUCAGAGCAGACAAAGGAAAAGACGCCCGCCUCUUUGUCUUCAGGCUGAGUGCUGUGCAGAAGGGCAUCGAGGGCAAACAGGCUGUGAAGAGCAAGUGUGAGUGCAGAGAGAACAAGCUUGAGAAGACGAAAGGCUGCCACUUGUAUGCCAUUAACACUCACCAUAGCAGAGAGCUGAGGAUCGUAGUUGCAAUUCGGAAUAAACUGCUUCUGAUCACGAGGAAACACAACAAGCCGAGCGGGGUCACGAGCGUCCCACUCCUGUCUCCCCUGUCGGAGUCACCUGUGGAGGAAUUCCAGUACAUCAGGGAGAUCUGUCUGUCCGACUCUCCUGCGGUGAUGACCUUAGUAGAUGGGCCAACGGAAGAGAGUGACAAUCUCAUCUGUGUGGCUUAUCGACACCAGUUUGAUGUGGUGAACGAGAGCACGGGGGAGGCCUUCAGGCUGCACCACGUGGAGGCCAACAGGGUUAAUUUUGUUGCAGCUAUUGAUGUGUACGAAGAUGGAGACGCCGGUCUGCUCUUGUGUUACAACUACAGUUGCAUCUAUAAAAAGGUUUGCCCAUUUAAUGGUGGCUCUUUUUUGGUUCAACCCUCUGCAUCAGACUUCCAGUUCUGUUGGAACCAGGCUCCUUGUGCGAUUGUCUGUGCUUUCCCAUACCUCCUGGCCUUCACCACCGACUCCAUGGAGAUCCGCCUGGUGGUGAACGGGAACCUGGUCCACACGGCGGUUGUGCCUCAGCUGCAGCUCGUGGCCUCCAGGUCGGAUAUAUACUUCACAGCCACCGCUGCCGUGAAUGAGGUCUCGUCUGGAGGCGGCUCCAAGGGGACCAGCGCCCACAACUCUCCUCAGACACCCCCGGGCCGAGAGACUCCAGUAUUUCCUUCUUCCCUGGGGGAAGGUGAAAUUCAGUCAAAAAAUCUGUACAAGAUUCCACUCAGAAACCUUGUUGGCAGAAGCAUCGAGCGACCUCUGAAAUCGCCCUUAGUCUCCAAGGUCAUCACCCCACCCACUUCCAUCGGCGUUGGCAUCGCUGCCAUUCCUGUCACUCAUUCCUUGUCCCUGUCCCGCAUGGAGAUUAAAGAAAUAGCAAGCAGGACCCGCAGGGAGCUGCUGGGCCUCUCCGACGAAGGUGGACCCCGGUCAGAAGGAGCACCAAAGGCGAAGUCAAAAGCCCGGAAGCGGUUAGAAAGCCAGGGAGGCCCCAAGCCAGGGACAGUGAGGUCAACGAGCAGCGACAGGAUCACCUCGGCUUCCUUGGAAAGUCCUUCUACUUCCGAAGCCAAUCCCGAGGGGCGUUACCACUCAACAGGCUCCGAGCAGGAGCCCAUGGCAGACAGAGAAGGCAGCCCAGUCUGGGGCAGCAGCCCCUUUCAGCUCACGGCUUCCUCGGAUGAAGACAUCAUUGACUUGAAGUAAACAGAGCCCGAAUCGAGUCCGCCAUCUUUAAUUUUCUUAUGGAGGUUUAUACUCUUUAACCAGUUCUGACAUCAUUUCUCAACAAAAUGUGGCUUUUAGCCUGUCCGUGAGCUAUUGGACCAAACCUUCUGCACACUCGGCCAGUUUGGGUCACUCUCCAGUGUCCGGUGCCAUCUUCCUUGACCUUUGUUUCUUUCUGUUCAGGAACCAUCAGUCCCCUUGUAAUAAAGGUGGUAGAUUUCAUUGAGGUUUUAGAUUGAAACUUUGAAUAAA